AUGGAAGAGAAGGGGUUUUGGUUACUGGCGAUUGUCCUGGUAUUGGAAUGCAGAAUCCUGAUUGAAGGAGGUGAAAUACCAAGUACAGGUGAAUGUGGUAUGAAAGUAAAAGACAGAACGAACUGUGGUUAUGCAGGCAUUUCAGUAAAAGAAUGUGUAACUAAGGGAUGUUGUUUUGAUGACAAAUACCCAGGUGUGCCGUGGUGUUUCUAUCCUCACCUCAGAACAGGUACAGGUGAAUGUGCUAUGAACGUAAAAGACAGAACGAACUGUGGUUAUGCAGGCAUUUCAGUAAAAGAAUGCGAAACUAGGGGAUGUUGUUUUGAUGCAAAAUACCCAGAUGUACCCUGGUGUUUCUAUCCUCACCUCAAAAAAGGUACAGGUGAAUGUGGUAUGAAAGUAAAAGAAAGAAAGAACUGUGGUUAUGCAGGCAUUUCAGUAAAAGAAUGCGUAACUAAGGGAUGUUGUUUUGAUGACAAAUACCCAGGUGUGCCGUGGUGUUUCUAUCCUCACCUCAAAAAAGGUACAGGUGAAUGUGCUAUGAAGGUAAAAGAAAGAACGAACUGUGGUUAUGCAGGCAUUUCAGUAAAAGAAUGUGAAACUAAGGGAUGUUGUUUUGAUGCAAAAUACCCAAAUGUACCCUGGUGUUUCUAUCCUCACCUCAAAAAAGGUACAGGUGAAUGUGCUAUGAAGGUAAAAGAAAGAACGAACUGUGGUUAUGCAGGCAUUUCAGAUUUUGAUGACCAGAGUGUAUUUCAGGUGGCAGCCUAA